AUGGUAUUAUCGUCGUUCCGCUGUAGGGAGGACAGGGACGAAAAUUCUUCGAAGGUGCUGAGGUCGUCGCCGUACGGGCUGUCGGAGGAGUACCUUGGCGGACGCAUGAUGGGGAUUUGGCUCGCUCUAACCGCCGUCACCAUUUCAAUCACAACCGUGUUCACUUCGCUCCCCUCACUUCCCUGCCAGCAUCCACCACUCGCUAGUAGCUGUACUGUGCUUCUAGACGUCAAGUUCCCAUCUUCACGUCACCAACCGUCGACCAGCAGCCGUCUGCCGUCAUCCUGCCGGCGACCCGCAAUGGGUAUCGCGCGCACGUGGAACGUGGAAUCGACGGUCAAGGUCGCCUUCGCCGUGGUCGUGGGCACCACGCUCGUCAGCUCGUACCUUUAUGCGAGCAAGUUGAAGACACAAGCAGCAGCAGGGGCAGCGAAGAAGUGA